CAGGCACCGGCGCAGGCUCGCUUUCCGGCGGGUGCGCGGGGCCAGGCUGCCAGCACCUGCCUUCUCGUUCCCGCCUGUUCCGCAGCGCACCCACGGCCUGUGACCCCAGCGACCGCUCCUCAGUGGGGAGAGAGCGGGGCCGGGAGAGGCUCCGGCCUGACCUGCGAAAGGACCUCGGUCCAGUCCCCAGUCGCGCCGCGUCUCCUGUCCGUUUGUGCGCGGGCCUGUCAGGGCCUGGUGUCUCCAGCGAUCCAGGUCGCAGACCUAGAGGCUCCCCACAGGCCAGCCCGGGGCGCGGGGAGCGCCGGCCGGAUAGGGAUGCCCCUGCACGUGAAGUGGCCGUUCCCCGCGGUGCCGCCGCUCACCUGGACCCUGGCCAGCAGCGUCGUUAUGGGCCUGGUGGGCACCUACAGCUGCUUCUGGACCAAGUACAUGAACCACCUGACCGUGCACAACAAGGAGGUGCUGUACGAGCUCAUCGAGAACCGAGGCCCGGCCACGCCCCUCAUCACCGUGUCCAAUCACCAGUCCUGCAUGGAUGACCCUCAUCUCUGGGGGAUCCUGAAACUCCGCCACAUCUGGAACCUGAAGUUGAUGCGUUGGACCCCUGCAGCUGCAGACAUCUGCUUCACCAAGGAGCUGCACUCCCACUUCUUCAGCUUGGGCAAGUGUGUGCCUGUGUGCCGAGAUUGCUCUUUCCUCUGUGGGAACAAUUUUUCUAAGCAGAGAAUGAGAGGAAAGGUGUUAGACACAGGCAAGCACAUGCCAGGUGCUGGAGAAAGGCAGAAGGAAGGAGAUGGCGUCUACCAGAAGGGGAUGGACUUCAUUUUGGAGAAGCUCAACCAUGGGGACUGGGUGCACAUCUUCCCAGAAGGGAAAGUGAACAUGAGUUCCGAGUUCCUGCGCUUCAAGUGGGGAAUCGGGCGCCUGAUUGCUGAGUGCCAUCUCAACCCCAUCAUCCUGCCCCUGUGGCAUGUUGGAAUGAAUGACGUCCUUCCUAACAGUCCGCCCUACUUCCCCCGCUUUGGACAGAAAAUCACCGUGCUGAUCGGGAAGCCCUUCAGUGCCCUGCCGGUACUUGAGCGGCUCCGGGCGGAGAACAAGUCGGCGGUGGAGAUGCGGAAAGCCCUGACGGACUUCAUUCAAGAGGAAUUCCAGCGUCUGAAGACUCAGGCAGAGCAGCUCCACAACCACCUCCAGCCUGUGAGAUAGGCCCUGCCUGGCCAGCCCCUGACCAUGCCUUCUCUGGGCCCCAGGGAGCAGCCAGGGCUGAGGCUGGGGGAAGAUGCAGCGCCAGGGCUCAGGCCCAACUGGGCUGGCUGUCCUUGCUCGCUGCCUUCUGGAUUCUUGGCCUGCACAGAGCUGGGUCUUUAGGAAUGACUGAUGCUCUUAGCUCAGAUGUGGCUUUUAGACAGAUUUGUUCAUUGCCCAUCUCAGGUGCCCUCCGAGCUGGAGGCCAUUAUUCCAGCUCCUCUGUGCUUCCUCAGUAAAACCAAGGACCUCAGCUGCUUCUCCCACUUGGCCAAGCAGGGAGGAAGAAGCUUAGGCAGGGCCCUCCUUCCUUCUUGCCUUCAGAUGUUCUCUCUCAGGGGCCGGUGUCACGAGGGAGCAUAGAAAGCAGGUGAGCAAGCAGUUGGCUAAGGGAGCGGGGGACCCACCAGAGCUGUGGAGAGGUCCCCCAAGACCCCUCAGCCUGGCUCCUACACACGCGCCCUUAGCAAACCAGGAGCUGCUCACUACCUCCUCAGGGAUGGUCAUUGGCCACGUCUUCCUUCUACUGGAGCUUCCCCCUGCCACAGGCCCUUUCCUUGGGCAAGGUCUGGCCUCAGGUGGGCCACAGGUGGAAGAGCAGCCCUUGGCCAGAUGUCAAGCCCGCCACAUGGAGCCUAGAGCUGGGGCCACCAACUUCUCCAUCCUUUCUGCCUCCCAGCAUCACUUGAGUCCCAGGGCCUUGGUUUUCAUUUUUUUGAAACAACAAUAAAGCAUAUGUGUUGGCUUGUUGUAUAA